CUGAACCCACUCAGAAAAAUCGUGUUUCCGACUUUUCAGCGAUGGAGAAUAGCACAAAUACGCUAGCGGAUAUUUGCAAGAUGGCGGAUGCCAGGACUAGAGAAAUGAAACGAAUUUUAGUCGUUGGUUUAGCGUGUUUAGAUAUAAUCAAUACAGUUGACCGUUAUCCCCGAGAAGACGAGGACACAAGGGCGUUGUCACAGCGUUGGCAAAAAGGCGGAAAUGCUGCAAAUACGGCUGUAGUAUUAACCCAAACAUUAGACACAAGUUGUGAACUUUUAUGUUCUCUCAAUACAGGAAUCGAAGGGCAAUAUGUGAAAGAAGACUUACAAAAGCGAGGGGUUUUAAUAGAAAAUUGUCCGGUUAAUAAGAACUGCGGUUUUCCGACUUCGUGUGUGUUAAUAAAUUCAGUGUGUGGCUCACGAACUAUAAUUCAUGCCCGCAAUAACUUACCCGAAUUAGAAUUAACUGAUUUUGACAAACUCGAUUUAAGUUUAUAUUCUUGGAUUCAUUUUGAGGGAAGGAGAAAUGUUGAUGAAAUUAUCAAGAUGAUAAAGAAAGUCAGGGAUUUUGGUAGAGAACAAAAAUUACAAAUUAAAAUAUCAGUUGAAUUUGAGAAAAAACGGCCCGAAUUUGAACCGCUUUUCAAAGUAGAAGCAGAUGUAAUAUUCAUUGGAAAAGACUUCGCGCAGUUUUCUGGCUUCACCACGCCCGAAGAAACAGUGAACGGGCUUUCGACUCAAGUACACUCUACCUCAGUCCUUAUUUGCCCAUGGGGAGAGCGAGGGGCAGUUGCCAGGGGGUGUGACAAGGAGAUCUGUUCAUCACCCGCCUACCCACCCGAGAGAGUCGUCGAUACACUAGGAGCCGGGGAUACGUUUAUUGCUGGUGUUAUAUUUUGUUUAAAUCGAGGGAGGUUGAUCAAAGAUGCUAUUCAGUUUGGUUGUCAAUUGGCUGGAAAGAAAUGUGGUAUACAGGGAUUUGAUGGACUGAAAGUGACUCAAAGUGACUCUGACAUAAGGAGCUGAGGCUUUAGCAAACAAUCACGACGAGACAACGACCAUGAUAACAGUUAGAGUAGUCAGUAGCUAUAUAUAUAAACCAUUGAUUCAUGUAAACACAAUGGCACUUCGUGACCUUACUUUAUUAUAUUCAAAAUGACAGACCAUCAUUCAACUUUAUAAUUAUAAAUAAUGUAAUUGAGAAAUCGUCAAUGCCAUUAUUAUAUUGCAUGAUUCUAUAACAUAUUACAGAUACAAAUGUGACGAGAUUUUGUUGAUCGUGCUUGGAAAAUAAGUGUUUAUAUUUGUUUUCUUGCGGUCCGAAAUCAUAUUUUACGCUUUUCUGCAAUCUGAUUGGCUACGCGAGCGGUCCGUAUAUGGGCCCGUACGAACCGCGCGAGAUUUAAAGCAGCCGUAGAGCC